AUGAAUUUUGUUGUUGUUAGCUUUAUAUCCAGUACUCUCAUAGAGGAAAAAUGCGGAUACAAUUGUUGGUCUAAAACAGAAGCCUGACUACCUACCCUCGACUUCACCUACCCUGCCAAUUCCCAACCACCCUCCAAUCCACCAUAAGAACCUUCAUUUCUUCUUCUACUUCCACCCGCCAUUGAUAAGCUUCUCAUACUCUUAUUCUAAUUUCUUCCAUUUCCAUCCUUAUCCAACUUCAAUGGCGUCUUCUCUCUCCACUAAAACUUUCUUAGGUUCCAAUUCUUCAUCAACGCUCGGAUCUACUCAUUCAUCCUUCUCUAAUCUCUUAACUCCUCCGACUCAAACCCAAGUCUCCUUUCGUCGUACUCGUAGAUUCGAAGUUCAAGCUGCUGGAAGCACAUAUGGGAAUUACUUUCGUGUUACAACUUAUGGAGAAUCACAUGGUGGUGGUGUUGGUUGUGUCGUUGAUGGCUGCCCUCCCCGACUUCCCUUGUGUGAGGAAGAUUUACAAAAAGAUCUUGAUAGAAGGAGGCCUGGUCAAAGCCGAAUCACUACUCCUAGGAAAGAGACGGAUACAUGCAAAAUAAUUUCCGGCAUUGCUGACGGUCUCACUACUGGAUCACCAAUUGCUGUAAAUGUACCUAAUACUGACCAAAGAGGACAUGAUUAUAGUGAGAUGUCUAAAGCUUAUAGGCCUUCGCAUGCUGAUGCAACCUAUGAUUUCAAAUAUGGUGUUAGGUCUAUCCAGGGUGGUGGAAGAUCUUCUGCCAGAGAAACUAUUGGAAGAGUUGCAGCUGGAGCAAUAGCUAAGCAGAUACUCAAGAAGUUCGCAGGAACUGAGGUGCUUGCUUAUGUAUCCCAAGUGCACAAGGUUGUACUGCCAGAGGGAUUGAUUAACAAUGAAACAUUGACUCUUGAACAGGUAGAGAGUAAUAUUGUCAGAUGCCCAGAUCCGGAGUAUGCUGAAAAAAUGAUUCAAGCUAUAGAUGCUGUUCGAGUUAAAGGGGAUUCCGUAGGUGGUGUUGUCACUUGUAUAGUUAAAAAUGCUCCACGUGGACUUGGUUCUCCAGUUUUCGACAAACUUGAAGCUGAGUUGGCUAAAGCUGCUCUAUCAUUACCUGCAACCAAGGGUUUUGAGUUUGGGAGUGGAUUUGCAGGUACCUUUAUGACCGGGAGUGAACACAAUGAUGAGUUUUACAUGGAUGACCAUGGGAGGAUCAGGACAAAAACAAAUCGUUCUGGUGGUAUACAGGGAGGAAUAUCAAACGGUGAACUUAUUCACAUGAGAAUAGCAUUUAAGCCGACUUCUACUAUUGGGAAAAAACAACAUACUGUUACAAGAGGUAAAGAGGAAACAGAGCUUAUUGCCCGAGGGCGUCACGAUCCUUGUGUUGUCCCACGAGCUGUACCAAUGGUGGAAGCAAUGGUGGCGCUGGUACUUGUCGAUCAGCUGAUGGCACAGUAUGCACAGUGUGAGUUGUUUCCAAUUAAUCCCGCCCUGCAAGAACCUAUGGAGUUGCUGAAGCUUGACAAAGCCAGCGUUUGAGUUUUGACAAUGUAUGAUAUGUGCUAAGACUGUAUAUUAGAAUACAUAUAUGCUAUUUGUAUCGUUUUUGAUUGAUUGGCAGAGUUUUUUUCUGGGUUUUUCUUAUGUAUUUCAGAUAGAAUAUUGGAGUUUUUGUCUGCUUUUGCUUACUCCCUUAAAAGGAAGGGAUGUCAAUAAAGCUUUCAACAUAUAUUCUGCUUUGUA